GCAAGAACCAUUCGUGUCAUACGCUGCGACGUAUACUCGAUAGACAUUUCAAACUCAGUUUGAACGUCAUUUAAUUUUAUUUCUGAAUUUUCUUCAAACGAAUAAAUUGCAUCUAUCUGACGAGAAAAAAAUCAUCAUGGCGAGAGACCCGGCAGCGGAACAACUCAACCAAUACAAAAACAAUCUCAAGGGUCAUCCAGCCGUCCUGCAGACUGCGGCCGGUAUCCCGAUUCCGAAUAAGAGUGCAAUCCUCACAGCUGGUGAAAGAGGCCCGGUACUUCUUCAGGAUCAUAUUUUCCUCGAUGAAAUAUCUCACUUCGCCAGAGAGAGGGUUCCCGAGCGUGUGGUCCACGCAAAAGGAGCUGGUGCGUCUGGUUACUUCGAAGUAACUCAUAAUAUCACAAAGUAUACGAAGGCGAAGCUUUUCUCCAACGUUGGCAAAAGAACUCCGGUUGCCGUUAGGUUCUCCACAGUCGGGGGGGAAAGCGGGUCCGCUGAUACCGUAAGGGACCCUCGCGGUUUUGCGUUGAAAUUCUACACCGAAGAGGGUAUAUGGGAUAUGGUUGGAAACAACACUCCCAUAUUCUUUAUCAGCGAUGCUUCUUUAUUCCCAAGUUUCAUUCAUACGCAAAAGAGAAAUCCGGUGACCCAUCUUAAGGAUGCCGAUAUGUUCUGGGACUUUAUCAGCCUUCGUCCUGAGUCCACGCAUCAAACUCUAUUCUUAUUUUCUGACCGUGGGAUUCCCGAUGGCUACCGUCACAUGAACGGUUACGGUUCCCAUACUUUUAAAUUCAUCAACGAUCGCGAUGAAAUAUUUUACGUGAAAUACCAUUUCAAGACCGAUCAGGGAAUCAAGAAUCUUGACGUAGACCGAGCCGGUGAACUUAGCGGAUCAGAUCCUGACUACGGGAUCAGGGAUCUUUACAACGCUAUAGCCACUGGCAAUUUCCCGUCUUGGUCAUUCUACAUCCAGGUGAUGACUCCUGCGGAAGCUGAAACCUUCAGAUGGAAUCCAUUCGACAUGACCAAGAUUUGGCCGCAGAAGGAGUUCCCUCUCAUCCCAGUUGGAAAAUUCGUCCUCAACCGUAACCCGGACAACUACUUCAGCGAAGUCGAACAAAUCGGCUUCAAUCCCGCCCAUAUGCCACCAGGUAUCGAACCCAGUCCUGACAAGAUGUUGCAGGGUCGUCUAUUCGCCUACGGUGACACCCAUCGUUACCGUAUCGGACCGAACCACCUUCAACUUCCCGUAAACUGUCCUUACAAGAUGAUGACCUCCAGUCAGAAUUACCAACGAGACGGUGCUAUGGCGUUGAACAACAGUAGCGGAGCUCCGAAUUACUUCCCCAACAGCUUCAGCGGACCGCAGGAGUGUCCUGCUGCCAGAGUGCCGAGGAUGCGCGCCACCGGAGACAUCGAUAGAUACAACCACGACAGUUCCGAUGACUUCUCCCAGUCGACUGCUUUCUGGAGGAACGUUCUCAGCCCCGCGGAAAAGCAGCGACUCGUUUCCAAUAUGGUUGGAAACUUGCAACACGCUUCGAACUUCAUCAUCGAACGUGCCGUCAGGAACUUCGCCCAGGUGGACGCCGACCUCGGUAAGCAACUUAUCCAGGGACUCAACAAACUUGGAAAACUUAAGGGAUUCAGCGCAAAUCUAUAAAAUAUUUCUUAUCGCACAAUGUACUGAACGAACGAUUUGACGGAAAAAUGGGCUGAUAUGAAAAGAGUAAUCGAGUUUACGCACAGUGAAGUUACGUAUGAUUAUAUUUCAUUACAUACUUUUAGUCAUCGUUUAUCAACGCCGCUAGAUAUCGGCGUGAUUUAUUUUUUUUUUUUUUUCAAUCAAUUUAUGUACUAUAUAUAAUUCGCACAUACAUAUGUAUACAGGUGUACACAGAUUGUGAUUACCUAUGAGUCUUGCAUUUGGAGUUUUAAUAUUCUUUUACAGCAAAUAUUUUGUCAUUGAAUUAAAUGAUUGUAAAAAUGA